AGUUACUCUCCCGUUCUAGCGCCGGCUGAAUUGAUUACACUAAAACUCAUCAAGUCUACAGUCACAGGGACUACUUCAACCACAAAAGUUAUGGCGCUUCUGAGUAAUUCAAAACUUAAUUUGUUUACCAUACUUUAAGCUGCACAAGUAAAAUAUAUUUAUCCAAGUCAAGAUUGCAGAAUGGCUUUAACAAAACUUCCUUAUUUGAAAGCACAUUUGCAAUACAGACAUGGUGGGGAUAGAAUUGUCAACAGGAGUCAGGAUGCCAUUGAUAAUUCUAGUCAACUUGCUUCCCAGUCAUCAAACUUUCAUCAACACCAUACAAUUUGUACAGUUGAAAAACCUUACAAAUGUGACAAGUGUAAUAAAUGUUUUGGAAGCCGUGUUACAUUAAGCAGACACAUUAGAAUUCAUUUAGAAGAAAAGCCUUACAGGUGUGACCAGUGCAAUAAAUCUUUUCGAAGCCAUGAUACACCAAGAAAACACCUUAGGAUCCAUUUAGGAGAAAAGCCUUACAAAUGUGACCAGUGUAAUAAAUCUUAUCUUAGCCAUAAUACAUUAAUUAAACACCUUAAAGCUCAUAUGGAAAAAAUGGCUUACAAUUGUGAGAUCUGUGGUCAAUGUUUUAGAACAUUUGCACAGCUAACUAAACACUGUAUAUUUCAUUUAGGACAAAAACUUUACAAAUGCAACAAAUGUGCUAAAUGUUUUACAACAAGUGCAGGGUUACGAAGUCAUCAUAGAAUUCAUACAGGAGAAAAAACUUACAAGUGUGACUUAUGUGGUAACUUUUUUAGACAGAUAUGGCAUUUACAACAACACCUGAAAAUUCAUAUACGAGAAAAGCAUUUCAAUUGUGACUUAUGUCGUAAAUGUUUUGGAAAGCUAUGGGAUUUAAAACUGCACCUUAGAAUUCAUACAGGUGAAAAGCCUUACAAGUGUGACAAAUGUGAUAAAUGCUAUACAAGUUUUGACAAAUUGAGGAAGCAUCAUAGAAUUCAAACAGGAGAAAAAACUUACAAGUGUGACUUAUGUGGUAAUUUUUUUAGAGAGAUAUGGCAUUUACAACAACACCUUAAAAUUCAUACAGGAGAAAAGCAUUUCAAGUGUGACUUAUGUGGUAAAUGUUUUGGAAGGCUAUGGGAUUUAAAUAAGCACUUUAGAAUUCAUACAGGAGAAAAGCCUUACAAGUGUGAUAAAUGCUAUACAAGUUUUGACAACUUGAGGAAGCACCAUAGAAUUCAAACAGGAGAAAAAACUUACAAGUGUGACUUGUGUGGUAAUUUUUUUAUUCAGAUAAGGCAUUUACAACAACACCUUAAAAUUCAUAUAGGAGAAAAGCAUUACAAGUGUGACUUAUGUGGUAAAUGUUUUGGAAAGCUAUGGGGUUUAAAACAGCACCAUAGAAUUCAUACAGGAGAAAAGCAUUUCAAGUGUGACUUAUGUGGUAAAUGUUUUGGAAGGCUAUGGGAUGUUCAGCAGCACCUUAUAAUUCAUACAGGAGAAAAACCUUACAAGUGUGACAAAUGUGGUAAAUGUUUUAGACACAUCUGGCAUUUACAAGGACACCUUAGAGUUCAUAAAGGAGAAAAACCUUACAAGUGCGACAAAUGUGGUAAUAGUUUUACCCAGCUUUGUAGUUUAAAACAACACCAUAGAAUUCAUACAGGAGAAAAUCCUUUUCAUGUGUGAUCAGUGAAGUAAAUGUUUCACCCAACUUGGCAAUUUACAGAAACAUCUUAGAAAUCCUACAGAAGAAAUGUUUUAACUGUGGUAAUUGUAAAUGUUUAGCACAAAGUAAUACUGUACUUAAACAUCACAAAUGUGAUAAAUAUUUUAAAUAUUUAUUUAUACAUUAAAGAUCCCUCAACUGAAAUAUGCACUUUAACAUCUCUUUGAGGUAUGCAUCAGUUUAGGGUCAUUUGAUCUGCACUGUGCAGUUGAUAGUCUUUUCUUUGUAAAAUAUUGUUAAAUUUUGAUUCUUGUUAACUGUUUGUAUUACAUUUUUGAUACCAAGGUUUCCAUUGGUGAUUUAUAAUUAAUUCAGUUUAUG